CUUUCAUUCUCUAAUACUUUUUAUAGAAACAUUUAUUUGGAGUUUGAGAAACAUAGACACGUAACAGAUUUGAUCUUGUCCAAGCAUUGCUUACAUUCUUCUAUCAGAAUACUAAAAUUACGCUCGCAGUUUUGCAAAAGAUUGAAGCUCGUUUCAUGGAGGGAGUGUUAGGUGAAGGUGCCUCGCCACUGGCACCGAUAACUACCUUGAAAAAUGAUUUCUCCAAGGUUUUUCAGUAUUAUUUGGAUAAGUCCACUCCUCUUCCCGUCCAUAGGUGGAUAGGAACUCUUGUUGUUAUUGUUGUAUAUCUCUUACGGGUAUAUAUACUUCAAGGAUUCUACAUUGUCACUUAUGCACUCGGGAUCUAUAUUCUGAAUCUGUUAAUUGGGUUUCUUUCACCCAAAAUUGAUCCUGAAUUGGAAGCUUUGGAUGGUGCUGAGUUGCCUACGAAGGAAACAGAUGAGUUCAGGCCUUUCAUUCGUCGGCUUCCUGAGUUCAAGUUCUGGUAUGCAAUCACCAAGGCUUUCUGUGUGGCCUUUUUAAUGACUUUCUUUUCAUUGUUUGAUGUCCCUGUUUUCUGGCCUAUACUUCUAUGCUAUUGGAUUGUUCUAUUUGUUCUCACAAUGAAGCGUCAAAUCAUGCACAUGAUUAAAUACAAAUACGUCCCUCUAAAUUUAGGAAAACAGACAUACGCCGGAAAGAAGAGUGGUGGAAAUUCACCAAGGGACUGAAAUUGAACGUAGUUCUGAUAGGAUGGGCACCUCAUAGGACUGACACACACAACUUGGAUUAGAGUUUCAGUUGAAAUAUGUGUUUAUAUUCUAAAUGUUUCUUUAUAGCUAAUUAAUGAAUUAUAUUGCAGAUUUUUCUAGUUCUUUUUAACAAAAGCUGAUGUAAGCUGGAUAUUUGAAGCUGGUGACUACUUUUGUUAGUUUAAUAUA